AGGGUUUGCUCAGUCAGUCUCACCGAAGCCAAUCCAGCUGGUUGCGCCUCUUGCUUCUUGCAUUUUCCCUCUCAUCCUCUCGAUUCGCAGACUAGUUUGAGAAGGAACCAUGUCUCAUCGUAAGUUUGAGCACCCAAGACAUGGCUCUUUGGGGUUUCUUCCAAGGAAAAGAGCAGCCCGCCACAGAGGAAAAGUGAAAGCCUUCCCCAAAGAUGAUCCAACAAAAACUCCCAGAUUGACUGCUUUCCUGGGAUACAAAGCUGGAAUGACCCAUAUUGUGAGAGAUGUUGAAAAACCCGGGUCAAAGCUACACAAGAAAGAAACAUGUGAAGCAGUUACAGUUAUUGAAACACCACCAAUGGUGGUUGUUGGUGUUGUUGGUUAUGUGAAGACACCUCGUGGUCUCCGUUCCUUGGACACAGUUUGGGCCCAGCAUCUGAGUGAGGAGGUGAAGAGGCGAUUCUACAAGAACUGGUGCAAGUCAAAAAAGAAAGCAUUCAGCAAGUACUCAAAAAAGUAUGAGAGCGAAGAUGGGAAAAAAGACAUCCAGGCUCAGUUGGAGAAAAUGAAGAAAUAUUGCACUGUGAUUCGUGUUUUAGCCCACACCCAGAUUAGGAAAAUGAAGGGAUUGAAGCAGAAGAAAGCCCAUCUGAUGGAGAUUCAAGUGAAUGGUGGGGACAUUGCAAAGAAGGUUGACUAUGCUUAUAGCAUGUUUGAGAAGCAGGUUCCUGUUGAUGCUGUUUUCCAGAAAGAUGAGAUGAUUGACAUUAUUGGGGUUACUAAGGGGAAGGGUUAUGAGGGUGUGGUGACUCGAUGGGGCGUCACCCGUCUUCCACGUAAGACCCAUCGUGGUCUACGUAAAGUAGCCUGUAUUGGUGCCUGGCAUCCAGCUAGGGUGUCGUUUACUGUUGCCAGGGCUGGGCAGAAUGGUUACCACCAUCGUACUGAGAUGAACAAGAAGAUUUACAAGCUCGGAAAGGCUGAUCAAGAGUCGCACUCUGCAAUGACUGAAUUUGACAGGACUGAGAAGGAUAUUACCCCGAUGGGAGGUUUCCCACACUACGGUGAAGUGAAGCAGGAUUACCUUCUAAUGAAAGGCUGCUGCGUGGGUCCUAAAAAGCGCGUUGUUACUUUGAGGCAGACGCUUCUGAAGCAAACAUCUAGGGUUGCUCUGGAGGACAUUAAGCUCAAGUUCAUUGAUACAUCGUCCAAAUUUGGUCACGGUCGCUUCCAGACUACCCAAGAGAAGGCGAGGUACUACGGGCGGCUCAAGGCUUAAUCUGGCAAUGGUGAUCGAUCCACAGUAAUCCCCAUUUUCUUUCAUUCGUUGCUUGCUAGUUAUUCGGACAUUUUUAUGUUUCUGGUUUGGAUUGCAAGUUUUGCCUGCUUCCAGUUUUGUGACAGAGUUUUAUCGGAUUCUUUCGUUGUUUUCCCGGCUAAUUAAGCCCGAGAAGUGAUCGUUUUGCUGUUUCUAUCGCUUUAGCUCGUGAUUCUUUCUAUU